AUGGCUGACUCUCCGAUCACCCAUGCCCCAGUCGGACCGCAAGAGAAGCCGAUACUUGAGAAGUUGCUGAUUAUUCGGGACAAACUCCUGCUUCUGAAGCAAGACAAGAGCACCUACGUCAAAUCGCAAGAUGUCAUGCCCUUGUACGACGAGAUCAUCGAGCAAGUCCACGUUCUCAACGAUGUCCGAGCCUCCGAUCAUCUGUUGCAGAAUAGGGUCGACACCGUUCUUGAUGAUUGCUUGCAGCUGAUGUCCCUGUUCUUCAUGGCGGUCGGUCGCAACAACGAGGCGCCUGGAAUCUAUGCUGUCACCUCCACGAUAACAAGGCUGUGUGAGCACUUGAAGGAGGCUGCAUUUUACAGCAAGAAGGACCUCGACAGCUUGGAGCACACCAUCAACAAAAUGGAAGAGACUCUGUCCCACUCUCACGAGAAAUACUCUCCAUACCUGCUCACCCGAGUACAAUAUCGACUCGAGAUAUGCAGAACACUGUUGAAAGAGCUCCGCGACUUUCUGUCCACCCUCAGCCCUGAGAUGAUGCCCAUUUGGGAGAGACUCGUCGCACUGUUGCGCUCGAUCGCUGCACUUAAUACUAGAAGCAAGUAUAACUCGAAAGACCUGCACGAACUACGAGACAAGCUGCUGGAGAUCAAAGCCACCAUGAAAGAUGGAAAGCUACCAGGUGAGGGCGGAUCAACGGGUCCCGGUCAGGGUCUAGUAGUGCCCCUCCUCGAGCGUUGUCUGAAGUUUUGCGAAAUUGUGGAAGAGAACAGGCAAGGCAAGAUCGAUGAGCGGUUCCAAGAAACAUACGACAAGCUUAUCGAAAUCCGGAACAAUCUCGACCGCCUUACUAUGACCCAGGCUUGGUCCCUGCGGGAAACCGACUUGUUCAUGUGGCAGAGAAAACUCGACCGUAUUGACGAUUCGCGGCGAGACGGCAAUUUCUUCGACGCCGAAGGUCGGCCUGCCGAUUUGCACGCUCAACGAACACUGCUUUACCUUAUCCGCCGAGGCUAUGCAUACGUGUACCAGUUGCUGCUUGCAUCCGAGCCGGUGUCUGAAGCCUUACUGCCGGUGUAUAACCAGCUUUUGACUCUUCGGCGAUGCCUAGUCGAAGUCAAGAAAGCAGGUGGCGUCUCGAACCCCCGGGAGCUGUACCCGUACAGCAUGAAACUGAACUCGAUCGACAACAUGCGAGUGGACGGCAAGUUCCAAGUGGGCAAGGACAUCCCGGAAGGCCAAGGCAGUGUUAACGACCUGCUGGCCGAAUGCUAUGAUCUCGCGUAUGAGCUACGAACUGCGGCCGAGAGUGAGCAGGAGGAUGAAGACUGA